CUCCCUAAGCGCUGUACCACGUGACCAGUUUUCUAAACGGGGAGCAAACAUGGCGGCCACGCGUGUGGCGCUCCGAGACAAACUACAGUGUAACUGCUAACGCUAGUUUAACGUCAAGCGCAUUCUUUAAACAUCUUAUAGUCGAGGUCUGGCUACCGGACGCUCCUCAUAAAGCUGCAGCAUGGACGAGGGAAAUAAAAUACAGUUUCCGUCCCUUCCUGUAUGCAAGGAGGACCAACUGGACUGGUCAUAUCCCAUGCGAAGAGAGAUGCAGGAAAUUCUCCCCGGACUCUUCUUAGGGCCCUAUUCUGCUGCGAUGAAGAGCAAGCUGUCUAUGCUGGAGAAGCAGGGCAUAACUCACAUAGUGUGUGUUCGACAAGACAUCGAGGCCAACUUCAUCAAACCUAACUUUCCCCUCCGAUUUAGAUACCUUGUUUUAGAUAUUGCGGAUAACCCCGUGGAGAACAUCAUUAAAUAUUUCCAAACGACUAAAGAGUUUAUCGAUGGCUGUUUAGAGACUGGAGGAAAGAUUCUUGUUCAUGGAAAUGCAGGGAUUUCCAGAAGUGCUGCCUUAGUUAUCGCGUACCUUAUGGAAACGUUUGGCGUGAAGUACAGAGAUGCUUUCAGUCACGUCCAGGAGCGGAGAUUCUGCAUCAACCCUAACGUAGGCUUUGUGCAUCAGUUACAGGAAUAUGAAGCGAUCUAUCUCGCCAGACUAACCAUCAAGAUGAUGUCACCCAUCCAGCUGGGUCGAUCUUUCUCCAUUCAAGCAGGAACGACAGGGAGUCGGAAACGAACACUAGAAGACGAUGAUGAAUUUGGGAGUAUGCAGGUUCAGGCAGCGCAGAACGGAUAGACCGUACUUUAAAGCUUAGGAAUUUUUUUUUGUUUUGUUUUACAUUUUUAUGGGAUUUAAAACUGUAAAUAUUGUGGAUUUUUUUUCUUUUCUUUUUUUUUUUUUUUUUUGAAAACGGAGGGAGGGAGGGGCUGCUCCUAGAAACGAGGAAAAUGUAAUAUCUGUUGGGGGAUUUUUUUUUUUUUUGAGCCGUAUGCACUGAUGUUUUUUGCAGUUUUAUAAUAUUUAACACAUUUUUGCAUUUGCAGUGGGACAGUAUUGCAAUAAUGCUCUUUUUGAUACUUGAAACUACUCUUAUUUUCGCUAGAUGAUUGCAUUUGCUCAAGAGAACGUGAAAGUUAGGCUGAGAACGGUGCAUCAGUGGGGAAAGACUUUGGGAUGGAAAAAAAAUCGAUGCUUUUUUUUUGCGAGAGAAUUAACAACCUGCUCAAUAAAGAAAAAAAGAUGGCGGAAUCA